AAUGUUUGUGUAUUUAAGUAAAAAGAUUGCCAUACCAAACAAUGUACAAUUGAAUUGUAUAUCCUGGAACAAGGAACAUGGUUACAUUGCAGUUGCUGGCACAGAAGGCCUGUUAAAGGUGUUGAAAUUGGAACAGGCUUCAAAUGGCCAAAAUAAAGGCGGCUUGGCAGCCGUAUCAAAUUUGUCCAUGAAUCAAACCUUAGAUGGUCACAAAAAUGCUGUUAAAGUGGUGGUCUGGAAUGAUGCCCAACAGAAAUUAACAUCUUCGGAUGUGGAUGGUGUCAUUAUGGUAUGGAUGCUGUACAAGGGUUCGUGGUAUGAGGAGAUGACAAACGAUCGUAAAAAAUCAACGGUAAAUGGUAUGCAUUGGACAUCGGAUGGUACGAAAAUUUGCAUCGUUUAUGCUGAUGGUGCGAUAAUUGUGGGUUCCGUCGAUGGUAAUCGUAUUUGGGGCAAAGAGCUAAAGAACACCCAUUUAAGCGGUGUCCAAUGGAGUCCCGAUAAUCGUUUAAUUCUCUUCAGUUUGGCCAAUGGUGAAUGUCAUCUUUAUGACAAUCAAGGAAAUUUUGCGAUGAAAUUGAAUAUGAAAUGUACCGCUCCUAAUAACAGCAAUCGUCCGAAUCAUGUGGCUGCUUUGAAUUGGUUUAGUGGUAAAACUAAUGGCAACCGACCAGUCUUGGCCAUAUGUUAUGCGAAUGGCAAAGCCCAGUUGAUGGUAGAUGAAAAUGAUGAUAAUCCCAUCAUAAUUACCACACCGAUGACAAUUACCGAUGCAAAAUGGAAUCAUGAUGGUUCUGUAUUGGCAAUCUGUGGCCGCCUUGACGAUGUCUCAACUACAAAAGAAUUGAAUCAAGUUAGUUUCUAUUCACCCUAUGGACAUUUAUAUCGAACGUUGAAAGUUCCCGGUAAUAAAAUAACAUCCAUAUCAUGGGAAGGUAAAUCGUUACGUAUCGCAAUGGCUGUUGAUUCGUUUAUAUAUUUUGCAAAUAUACGUCCGGAUUAUGUAUGGUGUUUUUUCGAGAAGACGGUGGUGUUUCUUAAUGCCAAUCAUGCCAAAGCGAAUAAUAUAAAUGUGAUAACAUUUUGGAAUACCAUUUCGAAUCAGAGUUUUCUUAAGGAGGUCGAACCCUGUCUGGCAAUGGCUGCCUGUAAUGAACAUUGUGUAUUGGCCGUGGAAUGUGUUAGUGGUAAUCUAAAGGAAUUGGCAUUAUCAGCUGUGGAGCGUAAAAAUCCAGAUGAUAAAUUAUAUCAAUUAAUGUUGUGUAAUUCGAUUGGAACUACUGUGGAUUCUAAAUACACCGAGGUGUGUCCAAAUUUUAUCGGGAUCAAUUCAAAUUAUGUAGUCAUAGCUUCAAAAGAUGAAAUAUUAUUGUGGCACUAUCAUACUCCUAAGAGUGCUUCACAGUUGCAUAAUGUCAAAUCACGCAAAGAAAAACGUUUUCAUAUCGAUGAUACACCAACUGGUGUGGAUAUGGCUAAAGACUUGCAACUUGCAACCAAAGGGCGACAAGAUGAGAGGGAUAACAAGACGAACGGUGAUCCUAUAUGUUCAUUGGCUUUGUCGGAGAAAAUUCUGUUAGUCGCACGAGAAUCGGGUAUUAUAAAUGAAUAUAGUAUACCGAAUGUUGCAUUAAGGAAUCGCCAUAAAGUUGGUGUGAAAAUUAUUAAAAUGGCCAUUAAUUCAAAUUCAACUCGUGCUGCUCUCAUUGAUUAUAAUGGCGUAAUGACACUAUUGGAUCUGGACGACGCUCGCGAAACCCAACUGAACUUCAGUCGUGUCGAACGUAAAGAUGUUUGGGCAAUUUGUUGGGCCAAGGAUAAUCCCCUUCUAUUGGCAUUGAUGGAGAAAACUCGCAUGUACAUUUUCCGUGGCAAUGAUCCCGAAGAGCCCAUUGCAUGCUCCGGAUAUAUAUGUACUUUUGAAGAUUUAGAAAUAACCAGUGUCCUACUGGAUGACAUUAUCAGUGGUGAAGAAACUCAAAAUUCCAUUAGUCAUAUCCUGCAAUUGAAGGUGAAAUCUUUACGUGAUACCGAUGAUUUAUUACAACAUGUCGGCUUGGAAGAUGCCAAGCAAUUUAUUGAGGACAAUCCACAUCCACGUUUGUGGCGUCUCUUGGCCGAGGCAGCAUUGAAAAAGCUGGAACUUGAUGUGGCCGAAAAUGCUUUUGUACGCUGUGCCAAUUAUCAGGGCAUACAGCUGAUCAAGAGGCUACGUAAUAUACCAUCGGAAUUGUUGCAAAAAGCUGAGAUUGCUGCCUUCUAUGGCGAAUUUGAAGAGGCGGAAAAGUUGUAUAUUGAUGGAGAUCGUCGGGACUUGGCAAUUAAUUUACGCAUCUCCCUAUGCGAUUGGUUUAGGGUGGUGCAGCUAUAUCGUAUGGGAUCGGGUAUUUCCGAUCAACAAAUGGAAUUGGCAUGGCGAGAAAUUGGCCAUCAUUUUGCAAAUCUACGAUCAUGGGAAAGCGCCAAAGAGUAUUAUGAAAAGUCGCAUGAUAUUGAGGGUCUAAUGAAUUCUCUCUAUCAUUUGGAACAAUUUGAUGAAUUGGAAAAAUGCAUAGAUAAGUUACCGGAAAAAAGUCCUCUAUUGGCUAAAAUUGCAGAAAUGCUAUCCUCGGUGGGCAUGUGCAGCGAGGCUGUAAAUGCUUUUUUGAAAUUUGGUGAUCCCAAAUCAGCAGUAAAUACCUGUGUCAAUCUACGACAAUGGGGUCAAGCCGUGGAGUUGGCACAAAAAUUCCAAAUGCCUCAAGUUACAACCCUACUAAGCAAACAUGCUGCAGAAUUGCUAAAAGAAAAUCGGCUACCCGAAGCCAUAGAAUUGCAACGAAAAGCUGGACGUUAUUUAGAUGCAGCACGCCUAAUGACCAAAUUGGCUGAAAAGGAAACGGAAAAAGGUUCUGAUAUGUUGCGUAUCAAAAAAUUAUAUGUUCUAGCCGGCCUAUUGGCAGAACAACAUUUAAAAAGUUUAGUUGCCAGCUCGGAGGAGACACCCAAUUACAAUGUCGAUCGUAUAACUAUAAUGGAUACCUUAAGUCUUGAAGAUUCGGCAACUAUUGAAAAAAUAUGGCAUUGUGCCGAGGCAUAUCAUUUCAUGUUAUUGGCACAACGACAGUUGCGUUUUGGUAUUGUUCACAGUGCUGUCAUUACCGCGCUACGUUUAAGAGAUUAUGAAGAUGUUCUAAAACCCGAAGAUAUUUAUAGUCUUUUAGCUUUGGCCAGUUGUGCUGAUCGAUCAUUUGGUACUUGUUCGAAGGCCUUCAUUAAAUUAGAAUCGCUGACAGAGUUGCCCGAGGAGACGCUGAAAGAAUUUGAAGAAUUGGCCAUUAAUAUUUUCUCGAAAAAUGAACCAAUUGAUGAUAAGGAGGAUUUUAUAACAUGUUAUGCGUGUAAAACAUCGGUGCCGGAUAGCUUACCGGCAUGUAAUAGCUGUGGCGCCCGUUUUCCACCAUGCGUAUCUUCGGGCAAACCCAUAACCCAGCCCACAGCAAAUAUUUGGAUUUGUGGUACAUGUCAUCAUUGUGCAGCACCAAUGGAAAUCACCCGACAUCGAACCUGUCCAUUGUGUCAUGCCUUAAUAAUGUCCAUGACAUUGGAAGUUUAA